AUGCUUUCAAGGGGAAGAGGCCCUGAACACGAAGAACCAUCAGGUGAUGUGCAUCAUGCUGAAAGUCCUGAAACAUCUGGUGGUGUCCGGUGACGACGUGGGAGAGGCUCUGGUGCCGUACUUCAGACAAAUCCUCCCCAUUUUCAGAAUCUUCAAGGAGAAGAACAACAUUGGAGAUGACGAGUACGGCGAGGGGGGAGAGAACAUCGGUCAACUGAUCGGUGAGACUCUGGAGCUGUUUGAGCGCCAGGGAGGAAGGGAUGCCUUCCUAAAAAUCAAAUACAUGGUGCCCACCUACCAGUCCUGCAUGACCAAAUGAGGAGGGGGAUUGUUGACUUUACUCCUUCUGUAUCUGCCUCCAACUGUUAUCUCAUCCCUUUCUGUAUCCUAGCCCUGACCCGAGUCCUCUGUUCCGCUCCACUUUGCCGAGCUCAAACCCGCUCCUCCUGCCUCUCUACUCUUUUAUAUAUAUACUGUAUAUUCUGUUCA